AUGUUACAAUGCACUAGUGAGUUGUUAGACAGCGAGAAUCACGAGGUUGGGUCAGAAUUUGGGACUUGUCACGUGUUGAUAUCGGAAAGGAAAACUUAUCAUUCAACUGUAGUGUCUCAAAUGGAACCUAUAGCUAUCAGUUCAACAGACAGCGAGUCUAGUGAUUGGGAUCUAGAUCUGUAUAAAGCAAUUAAUGCAUCACAGUUAGAGGAUUCAGCUUCUUCAUUUCCUAAUUCCAGGGGUGAUCGUUUUCUUUCACUGCCAUCUUCAUCCGGGAUAAAUAAUACAGGUCUGCAAGGAACAAUUCAACCUGAAAGAAAACCUUCUCAGAAUGGACACUCAUCUCAUUCUAAUCAUGAUAUGGAGGAUGACCAGCUUCAGAUUCUAUCCAGUUUUGGGGAUUCCAAAAGAAUACUUCCACCAUCCUUUCCACAAUCUUCAUCAAGUUCCAGGCAAAUUGUUCCUCCAAGAGGUGUAGGCAGCAGUCAAACUCGUGAAACAUAUGGAAAGACUUAUCCACAUCAAUGGCCAAAUCAUGUAAAGGCUCACAUGGAAGAAACUUUCAAUAGGGCUAGUAAUGAUGUGAUGAAGGACAACCAUGUGAGUAGGGUUCUACCUUCAUACAUGAAUCCUAUCUCUGUUCCAACUUCACAAUAUGGAGCUCAAUCUGAUCUUUAUCGCCCUGGUGUGGUUGAUGAACAAGCAGCUGUUGAUGAAAGGCUUAUUUAUCAAGUAGCAUUACAGGAUCUUAAUCAAAAGUUGCCUGAAGCAGAUUUACCCGAAGGUCUUAUGUCUGUAUCUCUUUUAAGGCACCAGAAAAUUGCAUUGGCAUGGAUGAUUCAAAAGGAAAAGAGUGUGGCGUGUUCUGGUGGAAUUUUAGCUGAUGAUCAGGGUCUUGGUAAGACCAUUUCGAUGAUUGCACUCAUACAGAAUCAGAAAUUUUUAUCAAAACCAAAAUCAGAUGAAUCUUUAAAAGCUGAAGCUUUGAAUUUAGAUGAUGAUGAUGGAAAAGAUACAGUAGUUGUAGAUGAAGAGAAUCAUGAAGUAAAGUUAAUAACCGAAGCCAGCACCUCAACACAAAAUUUUCACAACCGAAAACCUGCAGCAGGAUCACUGGUUGUGUGUCCUGCAAGUGUUCUAAGACAGUGGGCCCGUGAACUCGAUGAAAAAGUUCCAGAUGAAGCUAAGCUUGAUGUUCUAAUCUACCAUGGUGGAAAUAGAACCAAAGAUCCUGUUGAAUUAGCAAAGUAUGAUGUGGUUCUUACUACAUAUGCCAUUGUAGCAAAGGAAGUCCCAACUAAAGUGUUUGAUGAAGAAGAUGAUGAUGAUCAAAGAACUGGGGACAGAUUUGGAAUAUCUUCAUCUUUUGCUAAUAGGAAAAGAAAAGGGGUUAAUGGUGGUAAGAAAAAGAAGGGUAGAAAAGGAAUUGAUGGUUCUAUUAUUGAUUGUAGUGGAACUCUUGCUAAAGUGAAUUGGUUUAGAGUGAUAUUGGAUGAAGCUCAAACCAUAAAGAAUGCUAGAACACAAAUGUCUAAAUCUUGUUGUGGACUUAGGGCUAAAAAACGAUGGUGUUUAUCAGGGACACCUAUACAGAACUCCAUUGAUGAAGUUUUUAGUUAUUUUAGGUUUCUGAAAUGUGAUCCGUAUGCAAAUUAUAAAUCUUUUUGCAAUCAGAUUAAGAUCCCAAUAUCCAGAAGCUCUGAAACAGGUUAUAGGAAACUUCGAGCUGUUUUCAAGGCUAUAAUGCUUCGUCGAACAAAAGGCACUUUGAUCGAUGGUCAACCUAUUAUCAACUUACCUCCAAAAACCAUAAACUUGAAAGCAGUUGACUUUUCAACUGAAGAACGAGCUUUCUAUCAAAAACUUGAAACAGAAUCACGUUCAAGAUUCAAGGCAUAUGCAGCUGCAGGAACUGUAAGUCAAAAUUACGCAAAUAUCCUUCUGAUGCUUCUACGCCUUCGACAAGCAUGUGAUCACCCUUUACUUGUGAAAGGAUUCAGCUCAGAAUCUGUUAGCAGAGUCUCCACAAGAAUGGCAAAAAAUCUCCCAAAAGACAUGCAAUCCAAUUUGUUAAACCUUCUAGAAACCCUAACCAUAUGUCACUUAUGUAAAGAUCCACCUGAGGAUGCUGUGGUUACCCUAUGUGGACACGUGUUUUGUUAUCAAUGUGUGUCAGAAUACUUAACAGGAGAUGACAACACGUGUCCAGCUCCCAAAUGCAAAAGCCAAAUUGGUGCAGAUGUUGUUUUCAACAAAGCUACUUUAAGGAAUUCAGUCUUUGGUGGUGAUGAUGAUGAUGAUUAUCAUGGUGCGAGUUCUUCAAGAAUCGAUGCGAAAUCGAUUGUUUUACAACAAGAUUAUAGUUCUUCAAAAAUCAGAGCUGUUUUGGAGAUCAUUCAGUCGUUUACAGGAGCAUGUUCGAGUUCUAGUUCUAGUUCUAAUGUUGGUGAAGGACCAGUUAAAGCUAUUAUUUUUUCCCAAUGGACACGAAUGUUGGACCUUGUUGAAAUGUCACUUAAUCAGUAUUGUAUAGUGCACAGAAGACUUGAUGGAUCAAUGUCUUUGGCUUCUAGAGAUAGGGCUGUUAAAGAAUUCAACACUGAUCCUGAGGUGAUUAUUAUGUUGAUGUCACUGAAAGCAGGGAAUCUUGGUUUAAACAUGGUGGCAGCAUCACAUGUUAUUCUUUUGGAUCUUUGGUGGAAUCCAACUACUGAAGAUCAAGCCAUUGACCGAGCUCAUAGGAUCGGUCAAACCCGUCCUGUGACAGUUUCAAGACUCACCAUUAAAGAUACGGUUGAGGACAGAAUUCUUGCUCUCCAGGAGGAGAAGAGGAAAAUGGUGGCUUCGGCUUUUGGUGAGGAUCAAAGUGGAAGGUCGGGCCCUCAUUUGACUGCAGAAGAUCUGAGAUAUUUGUUCAUGGGGGCGAAUCAACCUGUUUAGAUUUAAGUUAAGUGGUGGAAAGCUAUAUGUAAAUAGUAGUAGUAGUAAUUGGUAUUGAUGUAGAGAAGGAAAAGGUUAUAUGUUUCUAUACCUAACUUUGAAUGUGCUUUUAUUCGGUUAACUUUAUGUUUCGGAUUUAUUGAGGAGUCACACUGGGCGGUUAAUUCGGUCCGAUUUUGGUUACAAAAAUAUAAAGUUAUAUAGUUGUAAAACGUAAAUAUAUAAUUGAAAUACAUAAACAUAUCAUCCAGAUUGUUUCUA